UAAAUAAUUUUUUUUAUGUAUGUGUUGAAAAAAAAAAGAGAAGGUAGAAGGAACAAAAAAAAAAGGGGGUGGAAGGUUGUUGUUUCUAAGUCCCACAUUGGUUAGAUGAGGGAAGAGAAGAGGUGCCUUCAUGUAUAAAAAGGAGGGGGUGUGUGCAUUAGGAAGCAUGAGAGGCUAAGAUGCAAUUUAGAGAAAAUUGCAACUUUUGGCCCAAAGGUUUGAAUAAUUAAAUUCAAACCUAUAGUUUUUUUUAAUAUAAUUUUGGGACUCACAAUCCCAUUUUUAUAUUAUUUUUCUCUCUUCCUCUCACGUUGCUCGGCGUUUUCUCACAAGGGGGGAUUAUUUUCUUUUUCUUCAGGAGGGGAGAGAAAAUGCCUGUUACUCGUGGUAACUCAGGAUUCCAACAUGAGCACCUACCACCGCCACUGCCAAAUGAGGAGCCUGACUUGGCGGAAUUGAGAAUGCUUGUAAAAACAUUAACAGACAAGGUUCAAGGAUACGAACAAGAGUUGACGGAGCUAAAGAGGCAAAAGGUAACUGAAAAUGGAGAUAGGGCUCAUGUUGAGAGUCAUGUGGGGGAAGGCAGUUCCUCACAUCCUGCCACUCUGAGAGAUCAUGAGUCUAGAAGGAAGGAAAUUAGGCAGGAGGAACAGAGAGCCCCACCGACCAUUACUGAUGUGUGGGAAACUGUUAGGAAGUUUAACCCUCCUACGUUUGAUGGUAACCUUAAACCAUCCGUGGUAGAGGAAUGGGUGAAGAGACUCGAAUCCAUCUUUUGAGUAGUCACAUGCACCAGCAAUCAAAAAGUACAAGUAGCAUUAGUGCUCCUAGUGAAAGGAGCAAGAGAUUGGUGGGAGACAGCAGGGCCCAGGGAUGAUUCUACACUCACCUGGGAGGAAUUCAAGGAAAAAUUAUUUAGGCAUUACUUUCCAUCAGAGUUAAGGUCUGAGAAGGAAGCGGAAUUCCAUGCCUUUAAGCAAGGGAACCUCGAUGAGGACACAUUCAUUGCUAAGUUUCAGGAGUUAUCUAGAUACUCCACGUACCUGCAGUAUAGGGAUGAUUCCGAAUGGAAGGCUAAGCACUUAUUGGAGAAGGCUAGACCAGAAUUGAGGGAACAAUUAGCUCAUCUAGAUAUCCGAGAUUAUGAUGAAAUGUGCAUAAAACUACAAGUAGUAGCUCGCAGUAAGAAGGAGGUCGAGAGAGAGAAGAGGGGUUAUUCAUAUAGUAGACCCCCAACCUACCCUCGACCCACCGGAGGCAUUAUGAAGAAAAACCAUCAGGGUUCGAGUAGCUCAUGGAACCAAGGAAGGCAGAAGGGUC